AAAAAGCUGCUAAAAUUGCAAACUAACGAGUAGUGAGGUAUAAUGCGGGCAUGACCUCAUGUGCCAUUAAGCAGAGUGUUGAAACCAUGAGUCCUCUGUUGAUGAGCCACUGGCAGAUUGGUUCUAUAAUGUGGGGAAAAAACGUCAGGUAUCAUUCAUUCAUACUUCAGGGCUCUAGGUUACGUCAUAUCUGAGUAUGCCUGUUUCAACUUGAUAGCAUUUGUGGUGAAAUGUCAUUAUUGUUUAGGCAAACAGCACAAGAAAAGGAAAAUAAGUAUUAAGUCUGAGAAAAGCUUCUGAAGAGAGAUGUUAGGGCUACCAGCCAAGUAUUCUUGUCUUGGUGUGACCUCCAUAGAAACACAAGGGCUGCAAAACCUGAAAUGGGAGAGAUGAAGAAAGAGAAAGCAAGGAGAGGUAGAGAGGAGGAGGAGGCUGCCCAAGUGAGCUGUUUGUAAGGGGGGCGUGUGACGCAGAGAGGGUUCAGACACUGACGGCUCCUUUCCACUGGAAGGCCACACUGAAGCCAGGAUACUCCCUUAGCUACUGGGCCUGCCCCAUGCCCAAAAACAGAGCUGCUGUCUUGCCCCUUGUUUAACCACAUGCGCACACACAGACACACACACACACACAUGAAUAGACUAGCUUCCAUUUCCAUGGUGAGGAGAUACAUACACACACACACACACACACACACACACACAGGCACACACAGAAAAUGUCUUUUUCCCCUGCAUCAGAACUUGAUUGGACCUGUGAUGCCAUUAACUCCACCCCGAGCAAAUAAAUAAGACCAGAAUCAACUUGAUGUUGAGAGUCAGACUUUUUAGACUUAGAAGAUGGCUUGUGGGAAUUAUUCCAUCAUUUGCUGGGAAUAUAAUAUCAAAGGUUUGUGGACUUUUUCCUCCUCGGAUUUGGUGGAGGACCGUGUUGACAGGAUAUUUUUCUGCCACGGAUAACACCAGAACUCCACUAUGAGCCAUUGACUCACCCCCUCUGCACCUCUUGCUGAGCCAUUAUUACCAUGGAAACCCCGAGCCAGAAACGCACCAGCCGUGGUGUCGCCUCCGUCUCCCCGGCCCGCAUCACCAGGCUUCAGGAGAAGGAGGACCUUUGCAACCUCAAUGACCGACUGGCUGUCUACAUCGACAAGGUGCGCUCCCUGGAGGUGGAGAACGCCGGGCUGCGGCUGCGCAUCACUGAGUCAGAGUCCUCGGUCAGCCGUGACCUGACGGGCAUGAAGGUUGCCUAUGAGACAGAGCUGGCCGAUGCUCGUAAGACCCUGGACCAGGUGGCCAAGGAGCGAGCACGCCUGCAGCUGGAGCUGGGAAAGAUCAGGGAGGAGCACAAGGAGCUCAAAGCCAGGAACAGUAAGAAGGAGUCUGACCUGGAGGCGGCUCUGGCCAGGCUGAGAGACCUGGAGGCCCUGCUCAACUCUAAAGAUGCUUCUCUCACCACUGCCUUGGGGGAGAAGCGAUCCCUGGAGGGUGAGGUGAAGGACCUCAAGGCCCAGCUGGCCAAGUUGGAUGGUAACUUAACCGACGCCAAGAGGCAGCUGCAGGAUGAGAUGCUGAGGAGAGUGGACGCCGAGAACCGCCUGCAGACGGUGAAAGAGGAGCUGGAGUUCCAGAAGAACAUCUACAACGAGGAGCUGCGUGAGUCUAAGCGUCGGCACGAGUCUCGCGUGGUGGAGAUUGACAGCGGACGGCAGCAGGAGUUUGAGAGCAAGCUGACCGAGGCCCUGGUUGAGCUGAGAGCCCAGCAUGAGGAUCAGGUCAGCCUGUACAAGGCAGAGCUGGAGAAGACUUACAACUCUAAGUUGGAGAAUGCCCGUCACUCAGCUAACAGGAACAGCCACUUGGUGGGUGCCGCCCAUGAAGAGCUGCAGGAGACCCGUGUUCGACUGGAGGGCAUGUCAUCCCAGCUUAGCCAGCUGCAGAAACAGCUGAAUUUGAGCGAGGCCAAGGUGCGGGAGCUGGAGGAAAUACUGGCGAGGGAGCGGGACCAGAUGCGGCGACGGCUGGACGAUAAAGAGCGGGAGAUGGCUGAAAUCCGAGCCCGCAUGCAGCAGCAGCUGGACGAGUACCAGGAGCUGCUGGACAUCAAGCUGGCCCUGGAUAUGGAGAUUAAUGCUUACAGGAAGCUGCUGGAGGGAGAAGAGGAGAGGCUGCGUCUGUCACCCAGCCCUCCGCCCACCAAGGUCACAGUGACACGGACCUCCGGCUCAGCUCACAGCCACACCAGCCGCCUCCUGCACUCCUCCACCGCCGCCUCCAGCAGCCGCAACUCCUCCGGCACGGGCAGCACCAAGAAGCGCCGCCUCAACGACAACGACAGCGAGACCUCCAGCCUCGCGGGGGGCACCGUGACCAAGACUCGCAUUAGUCAGCACGCCUCAGCCAGCGGCCGCGUCACAGUGGACGAGGUUGACCUGGAGGGCAAGUACAUCCGCCUCAGCAACAAGGCUGAUGAGGACCAAUCACUGGGCAACUGGCAGGUGAAGAGACAAAUCGGAAAUGCCAGCCCCAUAGUCUACAAGUUUCCCCACAAGUUCACCCUGAAAGCUGGAGGAAACGUUACUAUCUGGGCUGCAUCUGGCGGUGGAAGCCACAACCCCCCCACUGACCUGGUGUGGAAGAACCAGAACUCCUGGGGCAGCGGUGACCUCCUGCACACCAUCCUCAUCAGUGCCAACGGAGAGGAAAUGGCCAUGAGGAAAGUCACACGCACCCUUUUCCAGGAUGAUGAAGAUGAUGAAAUGGGAGCUCACAGCACGAGCGGUGCAGACAACGAGUACAACCUGCGGAGCCGCACGGUGAUCUGCGACUCCUGCGGGCAGCCAUCAGAUCGCCAAGGCGGGUGCGGCAGCGGGGGUCUACCUGAAGGCCUUGUUGGACACUCCUUUUUCAUGGGCACCAACGAGCCCAGACAGGGUCGUGUCAAGCCAGAGAACUGCUCCGUCAUGUAAAACCAGACAGCACCUCGCCUGAACCCUCGACCUCCUCCUGUAGCCCACACAGGAGAAUUAUUUUCUACUGUUGGGAUGUUUGUCUUUAUUAUUUUUUUUUUUAUAUAUGAUCUUGUCUUUUUUUUUUUGUAUUCAAUUAAUCUGCAGGUUAGAUUUGCUUCAAGGUUUGGCAAUGGGCACAGGAUUUUUGUAUCCAGCUUUUGAGUUUGUAUAUUCAAGUUAUUGCAUGUGUGCUGUGCUAAUGCUUGUGCUGUUUUCUGCUCUGCUUGCACACUCACUUUCUCACACACACACACAAACACACACGCACGGACACACACACACACGCACACACGGAGCUCCAUUGACCAGUGCUUCUGCUUCAGUCCGAGCUGGGGUUUCACAUUUAAUGGCCAGGCUGUCAACACUCAACACGCACAGCUAGUGAACCCUGUCAGGAAUAACUCUGGGUGGGGGAAUCCAUUCUACAGCCAUACAGACAACAAGAAAAUGAAUCCUGUUGGGGUUUGAUAAUCAUGUUUGUCGCCCAUCAAAUAGAUCAAAUCUUUAUUUAAGAUGUUGGAGAUGUUUACAAUUGAAAUUAGUUUUCCUUGUUCUUUGGAACAGGGUUAUGCUAUCUUUAUAUGCUACAGAGAAAAUAACCAAGAUAGGUCUUUUUUUUUUUUUCCUGAAAAACUAUGCUGGAAAAUUCUCCAAAGAAAGCCAAAGUACUGUAAGCUCAGGGUGUUCAGCAUGUUCUGUCCAGUCUCUUCACUUUAGCCUUAUACAAAAAAAAAAGUGUUGAACAUAUUCUAUGUGGAUUUAGACGAUAGGGUUUGGCAGCUGUGGCGCACACAGAGAAAAUAAUUAUUUGAGAUGAAUAUAUUUUUUUCUUCGAUCCACAGCUUGACCCCAGAGAAAUGUAUUUGGUUAUGUUUUUGAACGUCUGCGGGAAUAAGGAAUUAUUGUUUUGUUGGAUAAGUUGAAUGUACCCAGUCAAGAGAGUCACAAGUGUGUUUCUGCCAGAUACGUACACUUAAAUGUGUUGCUUUAUUAUUUUAGUAAUUCCAAAGAUGUAUUUUCAUGUUUUCUAUAAGGGUUAGGUACUGUGUUUUAAGUCUUUACAGACAAGUUUGGUGCCAUAUAUACAGUAUUUAUAAGAUUUCUUAGCUAUAAAUCAACACUAAUGGAGAACUGUUGCUGCUGUUUAAAGAGUCUAACAGUAGUUUUUGUUACAUUUUUUAACAAGCUUUUUUACAGAUUAUAAAUACAAAUGUGCCUUCAGAGGACGUAAAAAACAUCAACACUCAGUUUUUUUUUUUGCUCACAUGCCUUGUAUUGCAGCCUUGUGACUGUCAGACAUCCCUUGAUUUGUGUUGCCCCUAAAAAAACUGGUCAUAAGGGCUUUUUUUUCUCCUUUCCUCUAAGCUUACUGGCUUUGCAAAUCCCUAGCCAUGAUUUCGGGAUCUGAGUGGGAUUGCGGGGUUUGUGUACUUUUGUGACUUUGGCUUCAUGCACUGCUUUUAUUGAGUGUCUCACCAGUUAUGCACAGCAGGUAGAUUUGUACUCUAGUCUGGCAGCUUUAAAUCAUUUAUACUCCAGAGAAAAGCAUAUCAAAGCAUUUACGGAAAAUACUUGAUAGCUGUUUUUGUUUGUUUUUUUAUUUUUUGUUUCUAUUGUACUUAAUAGAAAGUAUUUCUGCCAAAUUAGUCUUUUUUUUUUUGGCCUUUACAUUUUGACAUUGUGAUCCCCAAAGUGCCUUAAAAAGUCCAUGACAAUCACUAGUUAGAGAAAUGGCCAGUUGCUAAUAUUUAGAAUUAACAAAGAUAUAGUUUUGUAUGUAUCUCAUAUGUACAUGUACAUUUAUGAGACAUGAUUGCUGUAUGUAAUUGAGUUUUAUAUGCACAACUAUUCACUAAAUCAUCCCACUUGUAACAGAUAACUUAAAGGGUGUGGUCAGGGGCUUUACAGAGGCCUUUCUGACUGGCUAAAAAAGCAGAAAAACUACUUCCUGUACAACAGUUUUUCUUGCUUCAGUGUUUUCUUAAGAAAUAGACAGCUGCUCUUUAACAUUUGAACACAAUGUUAGUUUAAGUCAAUGAAGAAAGAAGACACAGAUGUGUUGUAUGUGGCAAAAAUACUUGAAAGGCCUUUGUGAAAUCUCAAAACCUCACUGUUAAAAUCUUGAUGGCUGCCUCAUGAAUCAUCUUAAAGACUUGAGGAUUUAAAAUGUUACCCAAAGGGAUUUCUUGUUGUGAGCUAUUAAUGCCAAAGUUGUAAUUAGCUUGAAGUAGGAUUUAUGUCAGAUCUAUCACAACAAUGCUAUUAACUUUAUGGAAAAGCCAUGCAUUCAGUCGAUAUAAUGAAUGUGUUUUUGUUUUUUUUGGUGCUUUUUUUCUUUUCUAAAAUAAUAUGGAGUAAAUUCUUUUUUUUCCAGUGUUUCAUUGUCAUAAUUUCUUCUAUUUAGUUCAUUGAAAACCACUGAUGAAAAAUGCAGCCAUUUUAUUUACAUAUAUACACAACAUGUUUCCAUGGUUACAUUCAAAUAUGUAUAGUCAUAUGUAAAAAGCUGAAGCUCUAUCUAAACACUGCAGCAUUUAAAGCACACUCAACAUCCAUUAUGGUACACAAGAUUUCUGCUGUCUAAUGGGCAGGAUAAUGAACUUCACUUGGUCCAGAUUUGAUACAAAACAGAGUAAAGUAUUUCUAAAAUUACCUAAAACUAACGCAAGACCUUGGUUGACAACAAGACAUGUAAAUGUACAGUUAUGAAAACAUGACAAAGGUACAUCUGCUUAUUUUAUCAUCAGUUUUGGCAAAAUUCCUAAUCAGCCAAACAGUUUCUUACAGGAGUCGCUGUAGUCCACUGCUAUUACAUUCAUAGUGCUGCUUUGAUUUGGCUUGUAAUUCCCAGUUUGAUGAUGGUUUAUUUUUCACAACAUACGCCAAGUUUGUGCUUACACUGACCUUUUGGUAUCUAUAAAUGAGCAAAUGUCUAUGAUCUUUGGUCACACAAACUUAUCCCAACCACUUAAAAACAUGUUCAUCUUAAAAUAUUGGCAGUUCUACAUUAGUGUGAGGAUAACAAUAUAUGCAUAUCUAUAUUUACAAAGUUUUCAUCUGACAGCAGCAAUAAGUGAAUCAGAUUUUUUUU